AAGACGAGCUCGGGUGGAGCAGGCUGUGCCUACCAGUUAGAUCUUGGACAAGAGCACAUAUUGCAUUGGUCUUUGGAAGCAAAUAUCCAGAUCUUAUCUCCAUCAGCAUUCUUGAAGGAAAGCACUUUGCAGUGACUUUAUAAAGCUGCACUGUAUUCUUUGCUGUACAUGUUCCUUCAGACAUAUUACAGAUAAUACAUUUGGAGAAUCUGUCCACCCUCUGCUUCUGUAUCUUCAUACUUUCCCAUCUCAUUAUCAGUUUACAUCAUCUGAUUUUAAUAAAGUAGAGACACAUCAGACAAUUAAAAAAUGGCUGCAUCACUUCCACCCAAGCUUCGCUUCCUCACUUGGAAUGUCAAUGGUUUAGAAACUGCUUUGCGCAUUAAGCCACACCGGCAGCCUGACAGGCAGAAGGAUGUACGCAAGGAAUUGGAAGAGGCAGAUGUGGUUUUCCUUCAGGAGACCCAUAUUAAAAGGGGCAAUGAAGAUGUUAUGAGAGAGUUUCCAGAGUGGCACCAGUUUUAUACUAUAUUGGACAAAGCUGAAAGAGGGGUAGCUAUAUUAAUUAAGAAAACCAUUUCCUUCGAAUACAUUCAUCCUAGGCAAGAUGAUGAUGGUUUCAUAGUUCUCCACUGCAAGUUGGAGCAUCAGCCAUAUACUUUGGUGAGUGUGUAUCAUCAUCAAAAAGAUGAAGCAAUUCUUAGUCGCCUUUCAGAGUAUCUGCAGAACAAUGCCACUGGAAUGAUGGUAAUCGGAGGAGACUUCAAUGCUGUAUUCAGUCCCUUCAUCGAUAAAAAAGAGCCUACAAUCAACCAAAGUCAUUCAGUUUUGCUGAACCGGCUCAAGCUGUUCAUGAGGUCUCUUCAGCUUGUGGAUGUCUGGAGAUGGCUGCAUAAUUUUAUGCGCUUCUACACUUACUACAGAAGAGAAAGCACCUCAAGAAUUGACUUUUUCUUUGUGCCAGAGGAGUGCCUGUGGCGUGUGCAGUCAUGCGAAAUUGAGGAUGUACCAGCUAAUGACCAUCUCCCUGUGAGCCUAGAGUUGAACAAUGCUGCUGUAUCUUCAGGGUACUCUCCAAAAGACAUCCCGAUCAAAUAUACCUUUACAAAUUGUGAUGUGAGAUGCACAAUCGAGGACAUUACCACAGCCAUCAAAUCUCUGCAAGUGUCAGAUACACGAAGACAGGAUAAAAUACCUGCGUCUGUGUACAAGACAUUCGCUACUGAUGGUAGAAUAUUACAAUAUUUGCAGAUCUUGUACAACAGAAUCCUUGAUGGAUCAUUUGAUGUAAUAAUGAAUCAUUUCAAUGAUUCAAUCCAGUGUCAAAUCCAGCGUCAAGGCAAGUGUCAAAACUUUCAUUUCUUUAAUGUUGACUAUGUAAUCUUGGCAACUAUCCUUGCCAGGCACCUGGACGAAAAGUUGGAAUCCCUGUUAAGGAGACACAGGAGGCCAAACUAUAACACACGUGUUGCAAUGAUCUACUACUUCCCUGAGGUUCCAGAAUCUGUAGAGAUGUCGCUUCUUGAGCAUGCUUUUGAAAGUGCAUCUCUUUCACCAGAAUUUCAGGCCUUGAAAAAGAUCCUUAGGAGGAGCCCUUCUUAUGGCGCAUCACAGUCUUACUUGUUGUGUCAAGGUUGCCCUCUGACUCCACUCCUGCACAGUCUCCUUCUGAGGUAUGUCACUGAGAGAAGUGUAGGAGUGCACAACACUGGUGACAUUGAAAUUUAUGCCUACAAAUACUUUGUCAACGUGGUUGUUCCUAAUAAUAGUCCUUUAGGAAGACCAGAUGAAAUCAAUGUGAAUGGAUUGCAGGUCCGAAGAAACAUUGCAACAUCACUGGAGCAUGUGUAUGUCUACAAUCCACAGUCAUGAUUCAAUAGCAGUCGUGAUCGAGUGCUAGAAUUGUUCAGGCCCUUUUUCAAAUUACCCACAAAGAUAUGAUGAUGCAGCCAAGGCCUGACCUGACCAGGGGCCAUCAAGAUAAAUGUGGGCAUUUGUUGACUGAGCUUAAUCAAUGACUUUAAGCAAGAAUUACGCUUGGUAAUGUCUUUACUGUACUCGUAUGAUAUUUUAAACUCCAAAAGACAGUCAGUGUGCUGGCUGGCUGGUUUAAGUGAUUCUAGCAACUAACUCACUGUUUUCACUUAUUAACUGAAUUGAUACCAAUAUUUAUAUGUUUUUAUUUGAUAGCAUUUAUUCAUUUUAAAGACCCUUGAUAACAUUUAAGUCAGCAAUUUAUUGUUUGUUUUGAAAAUUCACUGAACUACAGACUUAAAAAGUCUAACAAAGAAUUUGGCAUGGAAAACAUAUAGCACUUGAACUGUCUACUAUUCGUGUAUGUACACCAACUGAUGUACAGCCUCCUGAUGUGGAAUUAUCAAAAUUGCUUAGCAUUAUUUACUCUUGUCUUGCAUUAUUUACUCUCUUGUAGCAAUAUUUACUCUAGGAUGACAGUAUACUGAAUAAGCUUAUAGGGACCGGCAUAUUGCAGUAGGCCAGCUUCGCUUGAGUGUGUACGUGCACUAUAACCUUAUGUUCUACAACUUCUAAGAAAAAUAUGUUUUGCGUCUGUCUCUGGAAACAGACUGGAGGGAAGUGAGAGAGACAAUCACACCUAAACCACAGCAUGCAGAUGUCUAAUUAAAAAGGCGAGUCAGAGACACAGGAAACUGACAACGGAGGCAAAAGUAGAAAGAUAGCAACUCCAUGUGGGGGGGGGCGUUAACAACAAACUGCUGUGGUCAGGCUUGGUUGUCCUCCCAUGCACAUGGCGGGGGGGUGUUUUUUGAUUAUAUAAUGUAAUAAAAUAAAAUGUAAAAAAGGAGUUUGACCUUCUCUGGCAGACUUUGUGAAUGUCAGACGAAGCUCCCGGAGCUCCGCUAAUAAAGUUGCUGAAACCUUCAA